GAGAUCACGGGCAUAAACCAAACUAUAUUUAAGAGAUCAUGGUAGCCUUCCCUGAUCAAGCGGGCUGGUCAUAGUCAGACAACCAAAAAUAAUGAGCGUUGCCAGCUUGGACCUAUCUACAUCAUCACUGCUUCACAAAGGUUUGACCUUACCACUGCUAGGCUACUUGGUCUACAAGCUUUUCGAUGAGUCGGCAAGAUCUGUGGUGAAGGAGACGCUUGCUGGGCCUUUCCGUGGUGGCUCGAAGGAGUCAAAGGCUAACGGGACAUCCAAGCCGGUGUCGGUCACUACCAAGAUCCAUGGUGGGAUUGAAACGCCAGUUUUUGAAGAGCUUCAGAUUACUCCAUCAGAUCCCGAGAUUCAAUGGAGCGAGAAAGAGCCAUUGAGAUACAGACCUUUCAAGAAGGGCGAGUAUAAGAUGGUGAUGGGUAUCCGGAACCUGGAUCCAAGUGAAUGGCUGUUGAUUGAGAACACUUACAAGCACUACACCGAUUUGAAGAAAAGUGAAGUUGAUGAUCCUUUUCUUAGAAAGCACACAGUUUACUUAUCUGAAAUGGGCGUUGACGCCAUGGUAGAGUUGUAUGAAACCAUAGUUUCUUUUCUCUUGGGAAGAUAUCCUCAGUAUUUCUCGGUCAAAGGGGAUAAGUUGUACAAUUCUCUGCGUGAUGAGUACAUUCCACUGGACCCAAAUAGUGUUGAGGAUAAAGAGAAUCUGGUUGCAUAUUUGGGGCAUACAGUCGAAGAAGACUUUGUCGUCUUACUACAAGAUCCUGACAACCACGAUGGAUCUGAAGAGUAUUGCUUGCAGGCUGUGUUUUUUGGGUUUGCUGCUGGUUUCGAUCCACUAGAGAGAUUUGGAGUUCCACUGACUUCCUUACAUGGCCCAGUUCCAGAUUAUAAAUCUAAGCUGAGACCUCAAAUGAACAGGUUCUUUGACAAGCUGAAGCCAUACAAGUUUGUCACCAGAAGCAAUUGGGCUAUACAGACUCACAACAAGAUUUUCACUAUGGGUGAUAAUAAAGGAAAGGAGGAUGAAGAGAUUGAGUCUCUCGACCCAGAUAAACUGGAUUUCAAAAGAGAGGUGUUCUUCAGAUCUGAAAGACAGGUUUUGACACGUCUGCCAAAGACUGGUGCCAUUAUCUUCACAGUGAGACAAUUCCUGGUUCCAAUGUCCGAUAUCAGGGACGAAGGUUUGGGCGAAGAGUUAAUUGGUGGAAUUGAGCUGAUGCAAGAACACAUAGGCCAGUACAAAAGACGUCCAGCCUGGGGGCCUGCUGUGUUAAGUUAUUUGAAAGGAGAAUCCAAUGGCUGUGAGAAGCCUGAUAUAGGGCCAAUUUGUAUUGGAAGACCAGAGUUAUAGUUAGCUUAGG